CCAGUACUAUAUCGGAUAGGAGUGGAGAAAGUGAACACCCUUAUUCCACCUUUGAAAGGAAAAGCUUUCAACUUUUCCCCACUCAGUAAGAUGCUAACGGGAUAAGUUUCUUCCUGAAGGAUCUGUGUUUGUUGUUCAGAACACAGUCGGAAAGCUCCUGGCGCCAUGGCCCACAUCUUUGUGUACGGCACGCUGAAGCGGGGCCAGCCCAACCACCAGGUCCUGCUGGAUAGCGCGAACGGCGCGGCUGCCUUCCGCAGCCAGGCCCGCACGGUGGAACCCUACCCCCUGGUGAUCGCCGGGGAGCACAAUAUCCCGCGGCUGCUGACCCUCCCCGGGAAGGGGGUCCGUGUGCUGGGCGAGAUCUACGUGGUGGAUGAGCAGAUGCUGCGCUUCCUCGAUGACUUCGAAGGCUGCCCCACCAUGUACCAGCGCACCCUGGUCCCCGUGGAGGCGCUCGGUGGAGAGGGCACGGGUGGCCCCGAGCGAGCGGUGGCCAGUGAGGUGGUGCAGUGCUUCGUGUACACCACGGCCACCUACUCACCCAGCUGGGCACACCUCCCGUACCACGAGGACUACGACUCCGAGGGGCAGCACGGGCUGCGCUACAAUCCCCGGGAGAACAGAUGAGCGGGCAGUGAGGCCCCGCCAGCAGACAGCGCUAGCUCUGUGGCUGCCAGAGGGGCUGCUCAGCCUGGCCUCGCGAACGCGGAAGCAUUACACUGCCCCUUUAAGAAAUUUGUUGUAAACUCGAUUUGCAGAAGAAAUCACUUUUCAGUGGCAGCUGAUUUUACAAAUAAUUUUGAAUUAUUGAUAAGAUUGUAUCUUCAAAUCUUUCCAUCCUUUAUGACUGUGGUGCUUCAGGCUCAGAGAGCACAUGAGCUUAAAUGUAUCAGAUCAGAAAACUUUAGGAUUUUAAUUCCCUAAAUGGCAUUUAGAGACUCAUAUGUUAUCAUACUUUUCUUCGUUUUUGCUUCGCUUUAAUCUGAAGAUAACAUUUAAAAUGAAUGUGAGGAUUUGGUUCUGUGGCUAGAUUUCAGCAGCCCUGCUACCCCGAUUCUGACCUGUACGCAUCUAGAGAAGAGUUUUUUAAAAUACAGGUUGAUUUUGGGGUGGCUCAAUGUAAUGGGAAAAAAAAAUCCUCAAGAAAAACGUGCUGUCUUUUGAAGUAUAUAAAAGCAGCAUCCCUCAUAAUUUUCAGACCAAGCUUAACAUAGUAACUAUUAGAGAUAAUCAUUUAAAAUUAAACGGGAUGUUUUGGGAAUUAAAAUCUAAAAGCAUCAGCCCUAUGUUUGGCCCUUGUUUUAUUUGGUAGAAGGUUCUUUUCAUUCUAACUUAGCAAAAUAAUGAACACUCACUUGCUGGUAGACGCCGCUGAGCAGACCGGACUUCAAAUGGAGGUUAUCCGGGUCCAGAGCGCAGUGUCCAGGCUGGCGCUGGCUCCUGAAGGACACUGCACUGGGGGUGGGCCCCUCAGCGAAGAGCCAGCACGCUAGCAGUUUGCUCUUCAGGCCUGACAGAAAGCUUAGUUUCCAAAUACAAACAGCACUUAGAAUAAUUUUAGCAAGGCACAGGGUACCAAUUACUACCCACCUCCAUCUGAUAAUUUGUCAGCGUAGAUGCAGAUCAGCCACGACUCGGAUCUGCUUCCCAGCAAAGCAGCAAGCGCAUUCCAGGAACCUCAGAACCCAGCGCACAGGCAGCUGCUCAGCCUGGGUGCCCUGCAUCUCCGCUGGGAGAUGGCGCCCGCUCAGCUUAAUGGUAGACUGUGAGCACUGCCUCUGGCACAAAAACACGGUCGUUAUUUUUAGCCUCUUUUUCUUAAAUUGGAAAGUCACUUCACAAAAACACGAAAAGGCCAGGAUGGGGAAGGGCCCAGGCGCCAUGCUUUUCCUCAGCUCGGUGCGGGCACACUCCAUGUCAGCCACAAGCCCUCAGGUGGCCUCCUGAGAGGCCAGCCAGGGCUACCCCCAUGCACAGCCAAAGCAGGAGCGGCCUCCGAAGGCCUCCUGCCACCUGGUCAGCAGGUGGUCACGACAAUCAGCAGCAGGACUUAGGUCCUCGAUUUCGGGAGAAGCACGGCAGUCAUUAGAAACGGCGAAUGCUGACU